AUGCAAAUUUACGGCCUGGAUAUUGGAGGAACCCUGAUCAAGUUGGCCUUGUUUGGUAACGAAAAUGCUGGGCCUUUGUGCGAAAAUUUGACAUUAAAAAAAUUUCACACAUCUUGUCUUGACGCUUCGCUUGAAUUUAUCAUCGACGAUGCCAGGAGAAAGAAUUUCAGCGAAAUUGUUAUAAAAGCCACGGGCGGUGGAUCAUUCAAGCACGAAGGCUACAUUAAAGAUCUUUUCAAGCGCAAUAACAUUUGGUUGCACUUUAUCUUGGUUAAGGAGAUGGAAUCCCUGCACAAAGGAGUCCUCUAUUUAGCCAAAGUGGAUCAACUUCCCCAACAAACGAUCCUAUAUGCUAACAUUGGCACCGGUGUUUCCAUCCUCCACAUUGAUGGCGCUGAAUUUUCUCGUGUAGGUGGAUCCGGGAUCGGAGGUGGCACCUUUUAUGGUUUGUAUCAUGUCAUGUGCAAGCUGGCCAGCAUAUUGCCUCUUGAUUUUGAUGAGGCCAUCAAUAAGGCUACGUUUGCGAAUUGCCUUCAUUCAAAGUUACACUUGACCGUUGGCGACAUCUAUGGAGCCGAUCCUUUGAUCAAGGAUUUGGAUCCUACUCUGAUUGCAGGCUACUUUUCUGCAUGCCCCCUGCUGAAAGAUGCCCCCGACAUCAAUGCUCUGGCUGGUGGGCUGUUAAUGCUAGUGUCUUAUGCCAUAAUUUCGUGCGUCAUUGAGCUGGCGAAAGAAACCAAUCCCCAAUUAAUAGUGAUAGGCGGCUCGUUCGUUGGAACAAACGGUUCGUUAUUUUUACUUAGUUAUGUAGAGACGAUCAAAAAUUUUAUGCUGCAAGUUUUGGAUUACAAGCGAAUGCAGACCAAGGUGCAUUUUUUUGAUUUGGGCUCACACGUCGGCUGCCUUGGUGCAAUGGCUUUGGAUAAUAAAUUUUAA